AUGGCAGCUAAUGUGAAGCAACCGUUGCACAGUUCGGACGCGGUUACAUUGUUCAAAGCCCCACUCCACAAUGCACAGGUGAGUGGCAAGCAGAAGGCUCUAAGAUAUCGGAGGAAGCUGCUGAGCACCCUGAAACAGAGAGUACUACACCUGGGCAGACCUCAACAAAAGAGGUAUGAAAAAUCUCAUCUCUAUGAAGUGCCGUCAAAAGGCUCAGAGACAGUGGAGCAAGAUGUUGACACGCCAGAAACAACUGCCACGCCACCUGGGAAAAGCUCCAGGAAGAAGGGCAAAACGGAGACACUGGAAAAGACCUCAGUGAAAAAACGUACCAAGCGCUCUGCUGCUAAAAGCGAUUUGCAGGAGCCAGUGGCUUUGCUGGGUGCUGAAACAUCAGAAACAGUACUGAUGGAACAACUGGAAGAAACAAAAUGCAAGAAAGCUAAGAAGAACGUUGGGGGACGUGGAAAAGCUUCUAAACCACAUAAAAAGAGGUCAAAGACAAGAGGAUUGAAACGUUCAGCUGAUGAAAGUGAGCAGCAAGAGAUUAUAUGGGCUGCUGCUAUUGCUGCAUCUACUUCAGCAACGAAGGAUGAGGUGCAGUCAAAAGACUCAAACACCGAGGAGCAAGAUGUUGAGACACCAGAAACAGUUGCCCCUCCACCUCAGAAGAGAUCUAAGAAAAAGGAUAAAGUAAAGUCAAAAGGCUCUAAAAUGGAGGGGCAAGAAGCUGUGCAGCCAAAAACAGCUGGCGCUGCACCUGGCCACACAUUACCGGAAGAGGGUAAAGAACAGUCAGAAGCCUCAGGGAAAGUGGAACAAGUUCUUGAGACGCAGAAAACCUCUACCUCUGUACCUGGGAAAAGCUCCAAAAAGAAGGGAAAGAAGGGAAAGACUGGUGGCAAGGCAGGAGAGAAAACUGUCGAACCACAACAAACAAUUGACAGUCCACCUGUAAAGAAGGCAACGAAAAAGCGCAAGACGGCUCUGUCUGGAGGGAAAACAACACCGAAAAAUGUCGGACCACCAGAAACAAGUGCCACGGUACUGGAAAAGGCCUCAGUGAGAAAACAGUCGAAACGUUCUGCUGGUGAACGCUAUUUGCAGACGCCAGUGACAUUUUCAGGCGCUGACGCACCUGCAGCAGCACUGAAGGGUGUAGAAGCCGAAACUGCUACUACUACAGAAGAACCUAGUGGUGAAGUUGGCAGGACUUUGGCCCUACAGCCACGAAAAGAAACAACCAAAGCCACAGAACUGGAGGCGACGGUGCAGUGUGAUAAGAGAGAGAUACCAAAUCAGGGUGCGGAACAAGCUGCAGAACAAAAUCGGGCAGAUCAAGCUGGUGCCCCUUCAGCUGCACAUGAUAUGCCAUCAGCUGCAUCUGAUGUGCCCUCAUUUGCAACUUAUGGGCCAUCAGCUGCACUUGACAUGCCAUCAAUUGAAAGUGAUGCACCCCCCGUAGCCCCAGAUGCACCUGGCGCAGCUUCAGAUGCACCUACGGCACUUUCAGCACCUUCAGCUGCACAUGAUACGCCAUCAGCUGCAUCUGAUGUGCCCUCAUUUGCAACUUAUGGGCCAUCAGCUGCACUUGACAUGCCAUCAAUUGAAAGUGAUGCACCCCCCGUAGCCCCAGAUGCACCUGGCGCAGCUUCAGAUGCACCUACGGCACUUUCAGCACCUUCAGCUGCACAUGAUAUGCCAUCAGCUGCAUCUGAUGUGCCCUCAUUUGCAACUUAUGGGCCAUCAGCUGCACUUGACAUGCCAUCAAUUGAAAGUGAUGCACCCCCCGUAGCCCCAGAUGCACCUGGCGCAGCUUCAGAUGCACCUACGGCACUUUCAGCACCUUCAGCUGCACAUGAUAUGCCAUCAGCUGCAUCUGAUGUGCCCUCAUUUGCAACUUAUGGGCCAUCAGCUGCACUUGACAUGCCAUCAAUUGAAAGUGGUGCACCCCCCGGACGCCCAGAUGCACCUGGUGCAGCUUCAGAUGCACCUACGGCACUUACAGCUGCAAUAGAGGAGCUCUUAAUUACACUUAGCAUAUCCUCAGAUGAACCUGGUGUGCCCUCAGCUGCACAUGACACGCACUCAGCUGAAACUGGCAUGUCCUCAGCAGCAACGGGUGUGCUCUCACCUAUACGUGGUGCCCCUUCACUUGCAUCUGGCAUGCCCUCAACAGCAGAUGUCAGCUAUGGCGCCGAGACAGCAGACUCCUCAAUGAUUAUGACUUUUUCACCACCACCACCACCACCACCACCACCACCACCACCACCACCACCUCUCUAA